AUGCCACCAUUGCGCCAGCUUCCAUUCGUGCUGCAAGCUGUAAAACGGAAAAAAAUAAACACUCGGAUAUGGAGCCAACAUGGACGUCUCGUUGCGAGGAGCUGCUCGUGUGCUGCGCGGCAGCAAUUGCAGCACACGGUAGCUGUCUCAUAUGAAGACCCCGCCAGUGCGCGACUCAACGCAACAACCACUACCCCUCCUACCCCUCCUACAGACCACCGGACACUCGCGCAAACGCAUAACCUCUUCAUAACUUCGCCAUAUAGUCCUGGUUCGCCGCUCAUUCUUCCCAAUGGCGCCUAUGUCUUUCAGAAGCUGCAGUCCUUCCUACGCGCGCAAUACCCACAGUUUGGCUUCCAAGAGGUCAUCACGCCCAUAAUAUACAAGAAGUCGCUUUGGGAAAAGUCUGGGCAUUGGGAAAACUAUGCCGAAGACAUGUUCAGCGUCCAAGGGAGGGGAACGACUGCUCAAAUACCUGAAGCUGAUGGUGGAGAGGAUGGCGAGUUUGGACUGAAGCCAAUGAACUGUCCAGGCCAUUGCUUGUUGUUCAGAGACGAGAUCAAGAGUUACCGUGAUCUGCCAGUUAGAUUUGCUGAUUUCAGUGCAUUGCAUCGGAACGAAAUCUCAGGCGCAUUGACGGGCCUGACGAGGGUCCGGCGAUUCCACCAGGAUGACGCGCACAUCUUCUGCCGUACUGAUCAGAUCCUGGCAGAAAUUGAGCAAACGCUCAAGUUUGUAGGCAUGGUAUACAACACGUUUGGACUAGGACCAUACAAGUUGCUUCUAUCCACUAGACCAAAGGAUAGCUUCAUUGGCACUAUUGAAGAAUGGGACCGCGCAGAGGAGCAAUUGACAACUGCGCUGAACAAUAUCGGCAGUGAAUGGGCUAUCAACGAAGGAGAUGGAGCAUUCUAUGGCCCCAAGAUUGAUAUAGUCCUGAAGGAUUCAAACGGCAAAGAGCACCAAACAGCUACCAUUCAGCUUGACUUUCAACUACCGCAACGCUUCGAUCUACAAUACCAAGCGUCACCCGAAGAGCUGGAGGCAUGUUUACAGAGUUCUAUGGAUAAGGGCCUUGACACGGCAUUUCGCCGCCCUGUGAUCAUCCACCGUGCUAUUUACGGAUCAGUUGAGCGCUUCAUGGCCCUGCUCAUUGAGCACUAUGCGGGAAAAUAUCCCUUUUGGCUUUCUCCUCGACCGGCUAUAGUACUAUCAUUGAACUCUAACCCCGAGGUUCUCGAACAUGUCUCGCGCAUCCAAUCAGUGCUGUCGGGCUUGAAUUCACAAGACACAUCCAAAGCGUCAUCAUUAUCACCAAAGCCACUACCUCUAUCAACCAUUCACAUUCCUGUUGAUAUCGACACAAGUGAUCGCCCUCUUGGCAAGAAAAUUGCAGAAGCAAGAGGAAAGAAAUACAAUCACAUCAUCGUCGUUGGCGGUCGCGAAGCGGAUAAUGACAGUAUGAAUCUGCAGAUCGUAAACCAGCCUCAUGAAGACACUACAAUUGAGGUUUUGGAAAAGCAUCUCGAGAGACAGCUUACCGACAAGGAACGUUCCAAGGGCGCGAAUGUUCCCUUAAGUGCCGCUAGAAAGUACUUCGAGCAGCUCGCCAACUCUUUUCUAUAG